AAGGCGAGCGGUUUUUGCUCUUUUCAGCCCUGCGCCCCUCCGGAGCGCCUUCCUGCCUACCCACCCAGCGCGCCGGCUCCGGCCAAGAAGAAAGGCAGCCUCCUUUUGGCUGGGGGCGUUUUCUGCCUCGUCCCCUCCCUUCCUCUUGGCGGCGGCGGCGGCGGCGGCUGCUUCUUCUCUCUCUCUUUUUUCUCCUGAGAGGGUGGGAGGGGAGACUCGCAGGAGCCCCGGCGAGGGAAGCCAGACGCGCGCAGCCCGCCCGCCCGCCCGGGGUGUGCGUCAAGGAGCCAUGCGAGAAUACAAAGUCGUCGUGCUGGGCUCGGGCGGGGUGGGCAAGUCGGCGCUCACCGUCCAGUUCGUGACGGGCUCCUUCAUCGAGAAGUACGACCCCACCAUCGAGGACUUCUACCGCAAGGAGAUCGAGGUGGACUCCUCGCCCUCGGUGCUGGAGAUCCUGGACACGGCCGGCACCGAGCAGUUCGCCUCCAUGCGGGACUUGUACAUCAAGAACGGGCAAGGCUUCAUCCUGGUCUACAGCCUGGUCAACCAGCAGAGCUUCCAGGACAUCAAGCCCAUGCGGGACCAGAUCAUCCGGGUCAAGCGGUACGAGAAGGUGCCCAUGAUCCUGGUGGGCAACAAGGUGGACCUGGAGGGCGAGCGGGAGGUCUCCUUCGGGGAAGGCAAAGCGCUGGCCGAGGAGUGGAGCUGCCCCUUCAUGGAAACUUCGGCCAAAAACAAAGCCUCGGUGGACGAACUCUUUGCCGAGAUCGUCCGGCAGAUGAACUACGCCUCGCAGCCCAACGGGGACGACCAGUGCUGCUCCUCUUGCGUGAUCCUCUGAAAGGAGGCGAGGGCGCACGCAGGUCGUCGUCGGCUGUGGUUUCCCUUUUAAAGUACAUGCAUAAAGGUUUACAGAGGAAAAAAAGAAAAUCCGGCUCCACGAAGGCGGCGUUGGCGACCAAUGUCAUCCUGUGAAAAUCCAAGCUUCGAACCAAUUUCGCAUCACCGCCAGGAUUCCUUCUAGGUUACGGCUUCUGUUGCUGCUGCGGGUGGUUAUCAGUGUCAUGGGUGUGUGCAUCGUCUCUCCUUAACAUCUGGCCAGAUUUUUUUAGAAAACCCACAACCCAUACCCAACCUUGUUGCCGCUUUCCGCAUGUACAUGCCAUCGAUUUGAUUGUUGCUUAUUCCUUGUAAGUACCUCUUUUGCAGAUGGCAGUAUUGGCAACUGAUAACCAGUAGGAAGAGUUUUGUGUGUGUGUGUGUGUGUGUGCCAGCCAGUGUGCUCCUUUGCAGCAGCGGAGAGAGAGGAAAAAAGGGAGUUCACACAUGGUUUUAAGAAGAGAAAAAAACUGGAAGAUUGAAAACACACACAGAGACACCUAUAAGAAAGGAAGGGAAGCAGCGGAGGAAGAAUGUUCUGUACAUGUGGGGGAAAGGUUAAGAUCCUCCGCUUUGUCAGUCCGGACUCAGCCGGGGACUAGGAAAUUUGAUUCUGAGGAUUUCUAUGCAAAGUUGGAAUACUUGUUACCAAGCCUAUCCCGUCUGAAGAAGUAUUGCACAUGUACGGCCUGAGACUUUUAAUAACACUGCUGAUGCCAAUACGGUGUGUGAGGUGCCAGAAAAAAAAUUGUCUGCUGAUUUUACUUGUGAAAUCUUCUAUUUUGUUUACCUGCUGUACUGAAGAGGAGGGGGAUGGAGAGCAUUUAUUUGUGGUUUUGAUUCUUUUUUUUUAAAAGAAAACAGCUGUGAAAAAACAUUACAGAUCUGCACAAUUUUUAAGUUGUGUGUGUUUUG